AUGGAGAGUGGGAGAUCUACCUUGAAACGGAAGGCCUUUGAGUUUCAGCUGCAUCAGCCACCAUGCGACACCGCAUUUCUUUCCGUCGUCGAUGCGCCGGUUCUUUUCAAUGCGGACGAUGCCACAAGCGGAAAGGUCAAAGAUGCAACGAUCCGCCACAUUGGCUGGCAUGUGUUGCAUCUCCCGGAGGAGUGGUUCUUCUCGCAGAAGUCACGCGAGCUGACGGAGAGGGUGUGUCAAUCCAUGCAGUGCACCAUUCAAUAUCUUGCCUACCGUAUGAAGGAGCUCCAGGCGGAGCUGAAGAAUGCACGGCAAGAUGUAGAGGAAAUAAGGGAGGAAAGAAACGAGGCCUUUGAGGAGCUUGUCGAGUUGCGGGAGGUCGUUGCGCGGAUGAAGCAGCGGUAUGAGGCGCGUGGUCAAAGUCGGCUUGCAACAAAGGCAGCCGCACCCGAUCGCCUCGUGGUUGUAGAAAAGCCUAGAGGCUCCUUCAUGUGUUCUCUCUGCGGCAAUUUUUACCCGUCCACUUUUUCUUUGGAGUCGCAUGUGAGGAAGCGCCACCGUCGAGGAGAACACCACGCCGCGAUGAAUGCAGACUCCGCCGCAAUACAAAAGAAAGUAGGGGAGGGUAAUAACUUUUCAAACGACGUAUUGAGGGGAGAAGUCACUUCUUUGAGAGAAGAAUUAAUGGGUCUUCGAGAGGCGAUGGCCGCUGAAAAGGAGAAGCGACAACUGGACGCAACACUAUCGUUUUUCUCCCCUGUGAGCAUAGCGGCAAUACCGGCACAUCACCUGCCUGGCCCACCGCUCCAUGAGCGUGACAUUUCCCACAUUUUACCGAGGCUGCAGGAGGAGGAAAAAAGAAAAAUGGAUGCGUUGCAAGACGAAUUGCGGGCUACGAAGUCUCGUCUUCAACAAAUGGAAGAAGUGAUUUAUCGCCAGGCCAGAGAAAUAGAGGGUGUGUACGGGAGGCGCGCACACGGAUUGGAGAGCAGCACGUUGGAGGAGAUUCUUCCGAAAAAUGCCGUCCCUGUACCCACUUCAGUUAAACAUAAGGGUUUAGCCCGAUUUGCCUCUGGGAGUUCACUCCAUUCCACUAACUGUUAUCCCCUCCGUAUGGCUGAUACGCAUGAAACGGUGAACAAAGAAGUUUCCAUCGGAAAGGAGGGAGAUUUGGUUUUACGCCGAAUGGAGGUGUUGGAGCCGAAUCAUGAGGCCAAGAUGCCACUCGAUCAACAUCUCGCUGUGUUGUCGGGGCAUUCAUCCUCAGCGUCCCGGCCAGCCCCUUCGCCGGUUUCCCCCUCGUCUCGGGAGGGAUCUGUUCAGUCACCAUCGGUUGAUGAAUUCAGGCCGGAAAUUUCCGAAUCACCACGACAGUACAGCAAACUGACGGCAUCUGUGGGGAAGUUAUCAGUGAGUCCUGCUUCAGAAGCCUCAAAGGUGUCUGUUGUAGCGAAAAACAAGGUGCCUUUUUUGGAAGUACAUCCUUCUCAGGCGGCUGGUUAUUCUGGCAGCGUGUUUACUAGCCUUAAUUUGGGUAGCGUCGGUGUUGUUGAUGAUGGCGGUCUUCAUAGAAUCCUUGCACACCAGAUAGGCCCCACGAGUCACCUGCGCGCAGGGGAAACACAUAUUGUGACGAAGAACGGAGAAAAGACAUUAGAUAUCGAUAAUGCCGGUUUGGUUAGUGAUCAAAACAAAGGGUUGGUGUUUUCUUCUUCUUUACGUGGAUUUUCCGAGAAUUCUGUGCCCAAUUUCAAUAGGCUUAAUAGCCUUCAAGAAAUUAAUUGUGGAUAUUCGUUCGAUUCCUACAUAAGUCCUCUACGAUCUUCUGCACAUGGGGAAGCUCCGUUCAGAAAAAUGACACCAUCGGGCCUCACCAGCAACUCGUUCCGCUCACGCGCAGAAGAGGGCGCGGAAUCCCACGUUCGAGUUUUCGCUGGCGAGAUACCGCGACAGGAGGAACAGCAUGCAGAAGAAGAAAAAAUUGCCGUGGAUCCAAAAAAAACUUCGGUGGAAAGCGUCACCUCUGAAAAAGGUAAAAAGUGGAAGAAAUUAUUUCUCUCAAGGCUCUUUAUGAAGCGGAAGAAGUGA